ACCUUAAUGAUAUCCUUAUUGCAUUGCAACAAAUCCAGCAAGAAAACCAACUGUUGAGACAAGAGAAUAUGGAUGUUCGCAAUGAACUCAAUCAACUAUUGCAAAGAGAGGCUCACAACCACCCAAGAGAGCCUAAACUCAGCUGUUACCCUAAUAAUAGAACACAGGUGAGGUUGCUUGGCAGUCGACUUGUAGGCCCAGCUCUGGCAUGGUUUGCCUCACUUCUUGAAAAAGAGUCAGCACUGUUGAAUGAUUUCAAUAGUUUCAUCAAGGAGUUUGAAGCUACUUUUGGUGGUGUUAAUCGACCAAUUCCGAACUGGGCUAGAAAUGAUGUGAAAGACUUAUUACUUACUAUAGAAGACCCUACAUCAUUGAAUAAUGAGAUCUCUAAGGCAGAUCAUUGUGAUGGAAACAAAUUUGAAAAGUUUGGGAAAAAAGGAGUCCUAACUGCAGUAAGGGGUUUGCAGUUGGAUAGAACUCAUAACAAAAACCCCCAAAAUUUGACUCAUCACAUCCUAAUAGACACUCUUGUUAUAACAGUCUCUAUACAGCUCCCAGACAAAUCCAUGUUUCUUGUUAAUGCAUUAAUAGACUCUGGUGCUUCAGCAUGCUUCCUUGAUUAUAUGUUAGCAUAUCAAUACAACUUACCUAUUAGAAGAAAGAAGACACCACUAUUGGUAGAAGUAAUAGAUGGCCGAGAAAUAUCGUCAGGGGCAGUCAUUUAUGAAACUGAGCCAUUGAUGGUGAGGUAUCAGGACCAUUGUGAGGAAAUCACAUUUAACCUGAUCCAAAAGCCGCACCUUCAAGCCAUUUUGGAAUUACUAUGGUUGGCUUAUCACAAUUCUAACAUUAAUUGGCAUGAACGUACACUAAAAUUUCCAGAUGCAGCGUUUGUAAGCGAGGGAUCUAAAAUAGCCACCUCGAUACUCCUAACGAAAUACAAUGACUUUAGUGAUGUAUUCGAUGAGAAGGAGGCAAAUAGGUUGCCAGAAUAUAGGCCAUAUGACUGUGCAAUAAACCUAGUACCUGAAAAACAACCUCCAUGGGGGCCCAUAUACAAACUUUCAGAGUUAGAACUGGAAACAUUAAGAAAGUAUAUAGAAGAGAAUUUGGAUAAAGGAUAUAUCAGGCACUCCAGAUCUUCUGCUAGGGCUCCUAUAUUGUUUGUCAAGAAAAAGGAUGAUUCCCUAAGGCUAUGUGUAGACUAUCAUGGGUUAAACCAAGCUACUAUAAAAAAUCAAUAUCCACUUCCUCUUAUUUUGGAACAAUGUUCUAGUAUACUCAACAAACCUCGAAGAGCAUACCUACUAUGUGAAACUAGUCUUGGAACGAUUUCAUCAAUUUGGCCUGAUGCAAAGCUAGAGAAGUGUGAGUUUGAUAAGGACUGUGUCGAGUUUUCUAGGGUAUACUAUUAG